AUGAAGUGGAUACUUUUGGCUUCUAUUUGUUUUACCCUGGUUACGUCUAUCACUUGCCAGUCCGGUGAACUGUACGUCAAGGUACAGAAAUACAGUGGACCUUCUGGAGAGAAGGAGACGUAUACCAUCUAUGGAGUCGUUGACGGUGAGAAGACCGUCAUGCUCGAGGGACAGGCCGCCGAGUCUUAUUCUUACAAAGUCGUAGAAGGAUGUCUUUCUCAGACACCGGACCUGCUUUACACCGUCGAACUCUCUCACAGUGAUAACGAGCAAUGGAGUUCUCUGUCUCUGCUUACGAUUGAGAAUGAUGGCGGCGUCAUUGUAUUCAACGGAAAUCAAGUCGAGUCGAUUACGUCCUAUGACUUCUCCAUGAACUAUGUCCUUACACCUGGAGGACUCGUAUACAUGAAGAAUGCUCUCGAUGUCGGACAGUGGUGGUCCAGCAGCUACGAGAUGGACUCGCAGUGGUCUCUGACUCCGUUGAACGGCUUUGAAACCGCUGGAACCUUCAUCACCCGCUACAACUUCGAUCUGCCGAAUCUGUCCAAAUACUCGCAUAUCGUGAUUCGUCUCUAUUACCAGGACGGAAUCGCGUUGUGGGUCAACGACAUGCAGAUCAUGUACGACCACAUUGACGGAAGCGGAUCGAUCGCCAUGUGGAACCCGGCCACGAGCCAGUACGAAACCCACAUCUGGAAGGACAUUUUGAUCCCCGCGUCGCUCUUCAAGCAGACCGGCAACUUGGUCGUGGUAUCGUUCCACUACGUGUCCUGGGACCCCGUCCACACCGACGCCAAGUACGCCAUUCUCCCCAUCUACGCCUCCAAUCCGCAGACGCAGAGCUCGUCCUUGCCGCUUUCGAUUCGCUCCACGCAGGGCAUGGAGGCCACGCAGGACUCCGCGCAUCUGGUCGAUCGCGAUCCCUCCACGUCCUGCUCCUUCUCCGGACAGAACCCCUACUUCAUUCUCGAGGCUCCCUCCAUGGUGUUCCUCCACGACUACUCGGUGUACCGUGCUGGCUCCAGCGCGGUGUCGCAGUGGACGCUCUACGCCUGCAAGACCGACUCCACGAUCUGCACCGACUGGGCCGCCAUUUCCCAGAGCUCCCUCACGCAGACCUGGUCCGGCGCGGUCCCCAUGCACAUCACCAGCGACCUCAACAAGCCGUCCCGGCUCUUCCGCAUGACGCUGCUGGGCGCGGCGAGCGGCCAGGACCCGAUCGCGGUGAAUGAGUUCGCGGUCUCGCUGAGCGGACUGGCCGUGGAGGCGGCCAUGUACCCCGAGAGCGUCGUCACCGUGGGCGAAACCGUCGACAUCCAGCCGCAGCCCUUCGAGGGCGAGGCCGUCUUCGCGAUCUUCCCCGCGCUGCCCGCGUCGCUGACGCUGGACGCCGCGACGGGCGCGAUUACGGGAGCCGGUGCGGGUCACUUCGCGGCGAACUGGAACGUGUACACGGUGACGCGGUCGCUGGACGGCGAGACGAAGCGAUUCACGCUGGUUUUGGUGGACGAAACGCCGAUCCCGACGGAGGGACCGCAGCCCGACCCCACCACGCUGGCGCCCUCCGCGCUGCCCUCGACGGAGCCCACCGCGGACCCCAGCGGAGAGGACGGACAGGGAGGAAACGCGUGGAUCGCGUGGACGGUGAGCGUGGUGGUGGUGGUGGUAGUGAUCAUGGUGGUGGUGUUUGUGAUCGUGUAUCGAAAGAAAACAUUGCCAACACAAAGAAAUAAGACGCCCGUCGCUCAUGUUUAGGUCCAUUGGAAGGGAAUUGCUUCCUAGCAACACGA